AUGGACACAACAAAUGCUAUUUUGGCUGACAUCACUACUACAAUAAGUGGAGUCAUUGGAGACUUUGAUCAGAGUUCUGUACUAUGGGCUCUUAUCGUUGGAAUCAUAUUGGCCUUCCUUCUGGGAGCUGGAAUGGGAGCCAACGAUGUCUCGAACGCAUUCGGUACUUCUGUCGGAUCGGGAGUCGUCACUAUUAUUCAGGCCUACAUAAUGGCCUCGAUAUUCGAGACACUAGGAUCGGUACUAGUUGGAUGGAGUGUGACGGAUACAAUGAGGAAAGGAGUGGUGGAUACGACGCAGUAUGCGAAUGAUCCGAAAGAAUUGCUGUUGGGUCAAGUCGCGAUUCUUGGAGGAUGCGCUGCUUGGCUUAUGAUCGCUACCGUAUUCCACAUGCCAGUAUCUACAACCCACUCAUUGGUCGGAGCCACUGUGGGAUUCUCAAUUGUGCUCCGAGGUUUUGAUGGUAUUCAAUGGAUGGCUAUUGUCAAAAUUGUGGCGUCCUGGUUCAUCUCUCCUAUUCUUUCCGGAACCAUAUCCUGCAUCAUUUACAUCAUUGUGGAUCACACUGUUUUAAGAACCGCAAAUCCCGUCAAAAGUGGGCUCCGUGCUCUUCCAGUCUUCUAUUUUGUCUGUUUGGCAUUCAACGCUCUCAUGAUUUUCUGGGAUGGCUCCAAACUCCUCAAAUUUGAUCAAAUUCCCUCGUGGGGUAUUGUCAUUAUUGUUCUUGGAGUUGGAUUCCUAGCCGCUGCAUUUGCCCAUUUUGUCAUGAAACCAAGGAUUCAAGCUAAAAUCCAAGAUUCAGAAGUUCCACCAACUCCACCAUGUUUCUCUGACAUGGAGUCUGGACGUGGAUCAGCGGAACUCAAAGAGAUCAAAAACGGAGAUGAACAAAUUCAACCAAAACCAGAACAAGCACCAGGAAAAGUCAGAAAGUUUUUCAAUUGGCUUCUUCCGGACAGAUCUCGUGUUGAUAGUCGUAGUACUACUCAACUCUUCUCAACAAUUCAAGUCUUCACUGCUUGCUUCGCUGGAUUUGCUCACGGAGCACAAGAUGUCAGUAACGCUGUCGCCCCACUUGCUGCACUUAUUUCCAUCUAUCGUUACAAGUCUGUAGAACAGAAGGAAGUCGUUCCAAUAUACGUCCUCUUGUACGGUGUCUUUGCCAUCUGUGUUGGUCUCUGGGUCCUCGGACACCGUGUCAUCAAGACUGUCGGACAAAAAAUGUCUGAAAUAAAUCCAGCUAGUGGCUUCACAAUUGAGUUUGGAGCAGCCAUGACAUCUCUCUUAGCCAGUAAAAUUGGCCUGCCCAUUAGUACAACUCACUGCUUGGUGGGAAGUGUAGUUGCUGUUGGAUCAAUACGUUCUGGUGAAGGAAUCAAAUGGUCCAUAUUCAGAAACAUCGUUAUUUCAUGGGUGGUAACAUUACCGGUUGCCGGAGCGAUAUCAGCCGGAAUCAUGUUGGUCCUCAAAUGGAUUGCUCUCUAA